GGAAAUGAGAUCUUGUGCAGUGACUUGUUUGAAGUUUAGCAGCCGCCUCCAUCACAGUUGAGGUGUGGACAUGGAGCUGCAGGCAGAGCUGCUGGUGUUUGCCAACUGGAGCACCCUGGCGGUGUGCAUGGUGGUGAAGUUCCCCCAGAUCCUGUCAGUCAUGGCUGCCAAGUCUGCAGAGGGGCUGAGCCUGGGCAGUGUGCUGCUGGAGGUGACAGGGUUUCUGGUAUUUCUGAGGUACCACAUGUACUAUGAAUACCCAAUGGAGACUUACCUGGAGUAUCCCAUCCUAAUCGCACAAGACGCGGUGCUUCUACUCUUCAUCCUCCACUACAGCGGCAGUGUGCGCAGCGCUUUGACCUACUCCGGGAUGUUUUUCGGUCUCUGGAACACGUUGGUCUUGAAGAAAUGGAUAAUAGACAUAGCCCUGAAUUUAUGUACUUUGAUCAGUGCAUCAAGCAAGUUCCUCCAGCUCCAGCAUCUAUGGCGCACGCAGGACUCCGGACAAGCUAGCGCACUGACCUGGGGCAUGGCGACUUAUACCUGUGCUACAAGGAUCUUUACAACGGUGAUGACCACAGGAGACAUUGCAGUUCUCGUGCGGUUCAUUGUGAUGUUCGUUCUCAACUGCUGGGUGGUGCUCGCCAUCCUGAAAUACAGGAAGAAGCCGGCUGACGAGAAGAAGGAGGACUGAGGGGUCACGUCAGGAACUGCAGCCUACAGUAUAGGGACUAUUUAUGAUUAAGCCACUUAUCACAGGUCAAUGAAUUAUAUCUUCACUUUUGGGGAACCAUUAUUUUUACAGCAAAUAGGGGGAAUCGCUUGCAUAGCUAUUCCCUAAAUCUCUUCAGCAUCACUCCCAGGGUGAGGUAAGAGAACAGGGAAGCCCUUCUCGCUGUAUCCUGCUGACGUAUCAUGCAUUGUGUUGUACAGAUUUGGGGCCUGUAGCUACCUCCGAUUUAUCUAGAGAAUCAUGAUGGACAGGUCACGAGUCUAAGGGCUCAUUCACACGACCGUAUCAAUGAGUCCGCAUCCAUUCCGCAACUUUAACCCAUUCAUUUCAAUGGAGCUGCAAAAGAUGCAGACAGCACACCUGUAUACUUCCGUUCUGCGGAUAUAGAGCAUGUCCUAUUCUUUUAUGCAAUUGCAGACAAGAAUUGGCAUUUUCUAUGAUGGCAGCGGCAUGUGCGGUCUGUAAAUUGCAGAACGCACACGGGCCGCAAUCUGUCUUUUACGGAUCUGCAAAAUACUAUAGUCGUGUGAUCGUAGCCUAAUACUGCCUCAGGGACGUUGCUGCUGGUUAGGGGGCCCAUGCACAUGGCAGUGCCAAGUGUCCUGUCUGAUUGUGGGGUUUAGUUUUAUCCGUAUUAUCUCACAUUCCUGCGCGGUUUCUUCUGUGUCGUUAUUCUCUGUUACACAUACAGCUGCGUUCAAAAUAAUAGCAGUCUGUUUAAAAAUGUGAAUAAAGCUCAAAAUCCUUUUAA